CCUCCCUAAUCCAGAACAUGAAUUGAAGCAAAAAGAGCUGUUCCGGGGUUUACUCAGCACCAUUACCCAGCUAAAUCAGUGAUCCUGCUUCAUGGAAUACCCCCCACCCUGAGCUGGUGUUCUGCCAGGGUUCAUCUUCGUUAUGAAACCUGGUAGGAGACACAUAACUGCAGAGCGCAGUGACCCCAGCAGGGGGCAGUAGCAAGGUUGCCCUCCCCACUCUCCUCUCCUCUCGGGGGGCCCAAAAUCCGCUGCUCUCUGACAAUGGGAAAGCCCUGGAGCCGAACUAACGGCUCGGACGGCUGCCCGAGCGCUGGGGCGACGUUACGUAAGUUUCGGUGGAGCGGGGAGUCCGGCGCGCGCCCCCCCCCCCCAGUCCCUGGACAGCCGCGCGGAGGUGCGGAGCUCAGCGGCGGUGUGGAGCUGCAGCGGCGGUGCUAAGCGGUAGCGGCGACGGUGUCUCCAGGAAGCCUCAGAUCCGCAGCUGGUUAAUGAGUUUGCAGAGAGAGGGAGAGCUGCAGCUGCACAGCGGGGCUAAAGUUCACUCAGGAAAAACAGGGAGAGAGAGAGAGAGAGAGAGAGAGGGAGAGCCUGAGGAACACAACCUUCUUCAGACCUGGUUUGUCCUGAAACGGGCAUCAUGCCACAAGUUGAAGUGAAGACAAAGGUUUCAAAAUUCCUCAAUAAAACCACACCAGGGCUACAGAUAUGGAGAGUAGAGAAACUGGAGAUGGUUCCAAUCCCUACAAAAAUGUAUGGCCGCUUUUUUGAAGGGGACAGCUAUGUCAUUUUAUAUACUCACAAAAUCGGCAAAAGCUUUGGCUAUGACAUCCACUCCUGGCUGGGCAGCUCCGCCUCCACGGACGAGCAGGGGGCGGCGGCCAUGUACGCCAACCUGAUGGACGAGCACCUGGGGGGCGUGGCCAUACAGCACCGGGAGGCCCAGGGCCACGAGAGCGACGCCUUCCGUGGCUACUUCAAACAGGGCAUCAUUUACUGCCGGGGCGGGGUGGCGUCGGCCAUGAACCGAGUGGAGACCAACGCCUACAGCGUUCAGAGGCUGCUGCACGUCAAGGGGAAGAAGCACGUGGUGGCCAGAGAGGUGGAGAUGAGCUGGAGCAGUUUCAACAAGGGCGACGUCUUCCUGCUGGACCUGGGAAACCUGAUCGUUCAGUGGAACGGCCCGAAGAGCAACCGCAUGGAGCGCCUCAAGGGGACGGUCCUGGCCAAAGACAUCCGGGAUCGGGAGCGAGUGGGACGCGCACAGGUGACUGUCGUAGAGGGAGACGACGAGAAGUCGUCGGAGGAGGCGAUGAAGAUCAUGAAGCAGGUGCUCGGGGACAGGAGAGACAUCAAAGAGGCUGUUCCUGACCAGGUGGUGGACCAGGCGCUGAAGCACAGCCUCAAGCUCUUUCAAAUUUCGGACAUGCAGGGGAACCUGGUGAUGCAUGAGGUGGGCAUCAGGCCCCUGACUCAGGACCUGCUCAAUAACAAGGACUGUUACCUGUUGGACCAGGAGGGCACCCGGAUCUUUAUAUGGAAAGGAAAGAGGGCCUCUAAAACCGAGAAGUUUGAAUCUGUGGAGAAAGCAGAGCUGUAUAAGAAGGCGAAGGGGUACCCUCCCUACACGUAUGUGCAGGUCGAGAACGACGGGGCGGAGUCGGCGGUGUUCAGGCAGCUAUUCCAGCGCUGGACCGCGAGGGAGAACAGCGUGGGGCUGCCAACGUCGCACAGCCCCGGGAAAAUCGCCAAGGUGGAGCAGGUAAAGUUCGAUGCCGCCUCCAUGCACGCACGACCCGACCUGUCCGCCCAGAAGAGAAUGGUGGAUGAUGGGAGUGGGGAAGUACAGGUCUGGAGGAUAGAAGACAACGAGAUGGCUCCUGUAGAAAAGAAAAAGCUGGGGCACUUUUACGGGGGCGACUGCUAUCUGAUUCUGUAUGAGUACGAGGUCAACAGCAGGGUGCACUACAUCCUGUACAUCUGGCAGGGCCAUCACGCAAGCAUCACGGAACUGGCCUCCUCAACCCUUCAAGCCUCGGUCCUGGACCAGCAGUACAAUGGGGAACUGGUCCAAGUGCAAGUACCCAUGGGCAAGGAGCCCAUGCACCUACUGGCUAUCUUCAAGGGAAAAAUGAUCGUCUACGAGGAGGGGAGCUCCAAGGGGGGCUCCACACAGCCCCAGCCCGCGGCCCGCCUUUUCCACAUUCACGGCACCAACGAGUUCAACACCCGCGCCAUCGAGGUGCCCGCCCGCUCCUCCUGCCUCCACUCCAACGACGUCUUCGUGCUCAAGACUGAAAUCUGCUGCUACCUGUGGUACGGGAAGGGUUGCAAUGGAGAUGAGAGAGAGAUGGGGAAGUCGCUGGCAGACACCAUCUCCAAGAAGGAAAAGCGUGUGAUAGCAGAGGGACAGGAACCUUCCGAUUUCUGGCUGAAUCUUGGAGGGAGGUCCCAGUACCCCAACAGCAAGAGGCUGCAGGAAGAGAGCCUCUACAUCAGUCCCCGCCUCUUUGAGUGCUCCAAUCAAACGGGUCGCUUCGUCGCCACGGAGAUAGCCAACUUCACCCAGGAGGACCUGGAUGAAGAUGAUGUCAUGCUGCUGGACAUCUGGGACCAGGUUUUCCUGUGGAUAGGCAGGGGAGCCAAUGAGACGGAGAAGAAGGAGGCCUUCGCUAAGGCGCAGGACUACCUUCGUAAUCACCCCGCAGGGCGAAACGUCAACACCCCCAUCGCCAUGAUCAAACAAGAGUUUGAGCCUCCCACCUUCACUGGGUGGUUCCCCGGCUGGGACCCCUACAUGUGGCAUGACAGGAAGUCCUACGAGCAGGUGAAAGCUGAACUGGGAGACGCCAGAGAAGUCAUCCAAAUCACCAUGGAAAUGACGAAGCUGAGCCCGACGAGGGAGCCCGUGGCCCUGAUGAGGGAGCCGCGCGGCCCCUCCAUCCUGCCCACCUUCCCCCCCGACAAGCUAGUCAACCAGCUGGCAGAGGACCUGCCUGAGGGCGUGGACCCCACCAGGAAGGAGGAGCACCUCUCCAGCGAGGACUUCGCUCUGGUCUUGGGUGUUUCCCGCCUCGACUUCUACGCCAUGCCCGACUGGAAGCAGAGGCAACUGAAGAAAGAAAAGGGUUUGUUCUAGGAGGAGAGGAGAGGGGAGAGAGGAGAAAGAGGAGAGGAGAUUCACUCUCCAUUUUCCUUUCUGCAUCAGAUAAACCUGCACUUCACUACUCAACUAAUACUGAUUUUUCUAAAAGGCUAGAUUGCCAAGUUGUUUACUUACUAUUAAUGCCACCAAUAUGCGCUUUUGUAUUUACAAUGAGGGUAAUUUGUAUCAAACGUACUGAACUAAUUGUAGGCGUCAAUAGGGUUUUAAAGGGAUAGUCCAACCUUUUGGGAUAUUCACUUUUUGGCUAUCUUAUGGUUAGAUGAUCAAUACCAAUUUCAUCCCUGUGCACCCAGUACAGAAAUAUUACACAGUAUCUACGGGCUGCAUGCUAACUGUGCUACCUCUAUGAAUGGCUGCAGGCAAAAGCACUGCUGAGUGACAGAAACACAAGCGUGAGUUAGGGGUCGCCAGGUAUGCCACUGACUGUAAACUUGCGCUACCACAGCUACCACUUCAGCCAAUAAUGCAUACCUGGCAACCCCAAACUCAGGCUUCAAGCAGCACUGCAGCUACUAAUCACAGCAUCCAGUGUAUGGAUACAUGGUUAUUUGGCAAUUAUAUUUCCGUAUUUAUCUGUCUCUAAAACAACAAAGAUCUUUUUUUUUUUAUAUUUACUUGUUAUAAACAGGCAUUUUGAAAUGCUGGAAGGUGUAUUUCCAUCACUAAUUAGCAAAGCUAACGUUGCUUCCAUCUGCAGCCAUUCAUAGAGAUAGCACACUUAGCAUACAGACUGUAGAUACUGUCUAAUAUUUUUGUACUAGAUGCACAUGGAUGAAAUGGGUAUCAAUCUUAUUGUCUAACUACAUUACAUUACAUUUUUUUGGCAGAUGCUUUUAUCCAACGCAAUGUACAAUAAGUGCAUACCAAAGGUCAUUGGAACAAAGACAAAACACAGUUCCGAUAAGGUGCAAUACUCAUUAUGUAACAGUUAUUCAUAGCCAUGAACACAUUCACACCAAGUCCAAGUUCACACAGUAACUAUGGGUAAGGCAAUUUCCCAAAAAGUUGGGCUAUCCCUUUAAGUCAAGGAUCAUUUUAUGUGGAAUUUAGAAACUUCUUGAAGGGGAAUUAAGUUAGGGUUCUGUGAAACUACUCUUUUCUGCACAGCACUACGUCUGAUUUAUGACUGCUGAAAUUCUAGAUCUUAUAUAAAAACUACGCCCUUCGGUCAUUUUUGAGUCUUGCUUGCCUUUAGCUAAAUUUUCCAUUGAAGACAUGAUCUUAUGAAGUUAAUGUGAGCACUAAUAUUAUCUUAUUUUGUUAUAAGUAACAGUAGUAAUAUCCAUGAUGUAUUUUCAGUAUUACGAGUAUUUUGAUACUGCAAAACACUUGUUAAAUAAAAGAUCUAUUACUAGUUUAUUUUGUCAUAUUCUUUGGAAUAAAACACAUUUUUUAAGAUUGAUGUAUUAAAGUUUUCAUCAGUCACUCCAGCAAAUAUGCUGAAUGGUAGGCAAUAAAAUGACAUCCAGAGCUUCA